UACAAAUGGGAUGGCGGCGGCGGCUGGGAGCGGGACGCCCAGAGAGGAGGAGGCUCCCGGAGGGGAGGCCGGGGCUACGCAGGCCCAAGCCCAGAUGACUGCGCCCGGGGCUCGGCUCUCCAGGCUGCCUCUGACCAGAGUGAAGGCUCUGGUGAAGGCGGACCCUGACGUAACGCUCGCGGGACAGGAAGCCAUCUUUAUCCUGGCGCGUGCCGCGGAACUGUUCGUGGAGACCAUCGCAAAGGAUGCCUACUGCUGUGCUCAACAAGGAAAGAGGAAAACCCUCCAGAGGAGAGAUUUGGAUAAUGCAAUAGAAGCUGUGGAUGAGUUUGCUUUUCUAGAAGGUACCUUGGAUUGAUUACGGAGCUGGAUGACUCGGUGAGCCUUUGCUGCGUCCUUCAUCUUUCCCUGUGCAAGCCUCAGCUUUGGAGAGAGUCUGCGCGUGCGCACAAUCUUCUUCUUCUACUUUCCCCAAGCUGCAGAGAUCUCCACAAAGUCUUCCCUUCCUCAGUCUGUCUUCCACAGCCUGGAUGUAGCUGAUGCUGCUUGGGGCAGCCAUGAGAGGACUGUUCCGCAUAAGUGUGGCUCAGUGAGUGAGGAGACCAGAAUAAAGGUCUUUGGUCAGCUUCA